AAUGUCAAACUAAUAAAUAAGUUGAACAACGAAAUUUCUCUCCUCGAUUUAUUGCUACCAAAAAGUUGGGAAAUUGUUUGCAAAAUAACGAUAAAUUUGAUUUAUGAAAAAGUCGCGUCACACUCCAUGGCAAAAAUGUGCAACCAAAAAUGUUUUCUUAAAAUUAAUCUCAAAAUGAAAUAAGUUGAAGAAGCAAGAAAAACAGUGGAAAAAAUUGGCAGUGACUACAUUAUUGUUAGAAUUCCAGAAGAAACGAGAAAUAAGAAAAAUACAAAAAAAAAGAAAUUGAAAUAUUGUUUGAAUACCACAACUUUUUCCGUAUGCAAUUUUCGUCCCAUUGCAAGAAAAAACAAUAAUUGACACAUAAAAUCAACUAAAAAUAUCGCACUUACGUCCGCACGCCCCCUCUCUGCCACCGCAAGGACAACAAAAGUGAGAGUAGCUCGCAGCAGCGUAUAGGAAGGCGUACGGACCAAACUCCAAAAAUUCAAUCACCAAUUGAGAUGAGUGGUAAAGUGCGCUUAAAGUCAAAUGGCAUAUUGGACGAAGAUCCUUUAACUCUCCAGGAUAUCGUCUAUCAAUAUAUAUGUAAACAUCUACAUAUAGUCAGUUGUCCAGACGAGGAUAUCGAUGAGGACGCCGAGAAAAGGUAUCACCUGCGCGGAGGCAUUGUUCUGCCUAACGACAUCUGUGACCGUCUUAUUGAUACCUUUCAAAAACAAUUCUAUCAAAAAUUCGGCGAUAAAUUUAUAAGCUUAUUUCGGGACACAAAUCGGACUUCCUUGAAUGUUGUGCAUCUGCGUAAUAGCAAUUUAACAAAUUAUGGACUUGAAAUACUCAUGCGCCACAAACUAUACUCGCUAUCAAUGUGGUAUUGUGAUAAAGUUACCGUUGAAUCUCAUGAGCUAUUGGCUCUUCAUGGAGCUAGUCUCCGUUCUUUGGAAUUGGGUAUAGGGUCGCACAUGUUGCAAAAUGCCGAGCCCAAUGACAAGGAGCCGGUGGACUUUCAAUUCAAUUGCCCACAUUUGCGACGCUUGGUAUUGAAUGGCGUCGUACUGCAUCAUCGCCUACAAUUUGCACAUCUAAGAGAUUUAACACAUUUGGACUUGACUUCAUGUAUUUUAGCAAAUUUCAGUCUGCAGGCACUAUCCUCCCUACCCAAACUGCACACACUCAUUCUUUUCAAUGUUUGGCCGAUAGCAAAUCAACUGCAUGCAAUCUGUUGCCUGAGACGACUUCGCACGUUAGACAUAUCGAUUUCUAGUUCCGGCAAUGGGCAUGGUACGUACGAUUUGCCCGACCAAACAUUGGAAAUGUUGAUGGACAACCUGCGCGAAUUGACACACCUGGACAUCUCGGGCACUAAUCUGGCGGGUAAUGGUGUGGCCACAAAAGAGUCAUGCCAUAAACUCAACACAGACAUACCCGGCUUGACGUCACGAACUCAAAGGCCCUUACAGUUUCUAGGUCUAUAUCACACAGCUCAUUGGGCUUGUAAACGACAUGACAUACCAGCCAUUGAGAUUGCUGGCGAUGCUAAUGAACAUCAAAUUCUAACAGCUGCGCGGUAUUACUAUGAUAGACCUGUACUCUUGACGAGGGUGCUCAACGAUCUGUAUCACCUAUUUCGUUUUGAAAACUGCAAAGACAUCCAUACAGCCCUGGAUGUUGUCCUCACGGCUAUGGAUAGACAUUUGAAGUUCAAACACAUGCAAAUAUCUGGGAGCGCGACGUUAUUUUACAUUGUCAAAGGGCGUGAUCGUUCGAAGUUCGGUACAACCCUAAGGAAUCACAUAAUUCGUACAUUGCUCAACGGCAUGGAGGUGCACCUUAACGAUGACACAAUGCUACGAAAUGGAUACCUAACACUGACGCAAUUUCAAAUGCCCAACGAUGUGUUAUUUGAAUAUGAACGUCUCAUCAAAAUAUUGUUGCACGGAGUUUCAAAAACAGAACAGGAGGGGUUUGUACAAAGGAUAGCUAUAUAUUUAUUGAACACAUUAGCUUGCCAAGUUGAUGGACGACAAAAGCUAUUUUUGGGUGAACUUGGAGUUGUUAAUACUAUGUUAAGUUUAAUUAAAGAUCGUUUAACCCGCUCGGUAUUUGAUGAUGUCAUGGAGGUGGCGUGGUCAACAAUGUGGAAUGUAACUGAUGAGACUGCUAUUAAUUGUAAGAGAUUUUUGGACGGCCGUGGCAUGGAGUAUUUUCUGCGAUGUUUAAAUGUAAGUAAUUGUACAUUUAGGGAACGGGACGAGCUACUGCGGAACAUGAUGGGCUUGUUGGGAAACGUUGCAGAAGUCAAAUGGUUGAGGCCAAAAUUGAUGACACAAAAGUUUAUUGAAGUUUUUGCAGAAUUACUAUCAUCGGAAAGCGAUGGUAUAGAGGUAAGUUACAAUGCAGCUGGUGUGCUGGCACAUAUAGCUUCAGAUGGUCCCGAGGCGUGGACUAUUAAGGAACCAUCACGCGGUGAUGUUUUAGUUAGUAUGGUCAAUGCAAUAAUGCGAUGGGAUAUUAAAAGUGAUCGCAACAUCAACUACCGUAGUUUUGAGCCCAUCCUGGGUUUAGUUCGUUGUUAUGAAACUCCGCAGUGUCAACAUUGGGCUGUGUGGGCUUUGGCGAAUCUCACGCAAGUGUAUCCCGAUAAAUAUUGCCAACUUGUUGAACAAGAGAAUGGCAUACAGAUUCUCAAAGAACUUAUUGAUCAUCCGAGCCCCUAUGAGGACAUCAAGAAAAUAGCUCGUAUGGUAAUCGAGCAGUGUAACAAAUGUCCUCGGCCUAUGCUCGAAGGUUGAAUUGUUUGACCCCCUCUCCCCAGUCCCAAGCCUUCCCCUCUGCCCAUAGUAUCUCUCUACAUAAUUUAAAAGCACUUCCAGUGAGCAAGCGUGCGUGCGAGCGAGCGUUGAGUGGGUGAUUUCGAUUGUAGAAUAUAAUACAAGUGCGUUUCAUAGAGCGUAGAAGAAAGAAUAGAAUUAAAUUACAAUAACUACCUACAAGUAAAAAUAUUUAAAGAGUCUUAAGCCUAAUUCGUUCUCCUUUGUUAAGCGCUGCUAUUGACUUUCAAUAAUAAUUCAUCUUCAUUAUCCUUGCAUCCUGUGUUUGCAUAUGGAAAUGAAGUAAACUUGUAUAAA